AUGGUCCUGACCCUAGUCCGAAACCUGGAUUUGAUAUCAAUGGCAUUGAUUCAAGAAUUAGUGAAACGCGGUGUUCACUACCGUUGUCUUGGCCCUAUACACAGGCGUGCUGUCGGCUCACGUGCUCAGCACCGCCUGCUGGCAAUCCUCCGACAAUACGCUGGGGUGUUAAACCUAGAUUGUUUUCGUAACCCAAACGCACCGUCGCCUUACACGGAGUCCAGAGCUUGUUCUGUAUCCGUACAGAGACUGAGACCAGAUGUCUGUCAAUUGAGAUUAGAUUUUCUGGUCUUUGAUAUGAGUCGUCCGCGUGACGGCACCUGUGAUUCCGAUCGAUUUGUAGUAAACGGACAAACGCAGAACAGCAUUAUUCCUCCCGUUUGUGGCUAUAAUACGGGACAACACAUGUACAUCGAUAUGUCAUCGACCAAUAGUCCUGUAACUCUAAAUGUAUUAACAAUGGGAAACAGAAAUAGACUUUUUGAUAUAAGAGUCACACAAAUUCAUUGUUCCAGUGGUUAUAGAGCACCGGCUAAUUGUCUUCAAUAUCAUAUCGGAGUUCAGGGCUCUAUUCGGUCAUUCAAUUACGACGAGCCGAAUGUGGCCCAACAGGGAGGAUAUCUCAACAAUUUAGAUUAUACCAUCUGUUUUAAGAAAGAGCCCGGAUUUUGUACGGUCACAUAUUCUGUGCCCACAGUUUACGUACACAUCAAUGACCCAAAUCAGUCACAAGAGGGUCCGCUCACAAUACCUCCGGGAAGAUAUUUCAAUAUAAUCCCCGACACAUCGACAAGCAAUCCCGUUGGCAACGAUCAGGCGCAAAAGAAGCCGCACUGGGCUAUGAUUCCCACGGGAUCUUUGAAGGCCGGUUGA